AUGGUAUCAUCUUUCUGGCGACAUACGUCCUUCCAGACGGCCAAUGCCUCGGAGUGUCGCGAGAUCAUCAAGAGUAGCACACCUCCCGCAGCAUGCAAGAAUACUCUGUCACCACUCGAAGCUCGUGCUCGUCCCAAUCAGCGCUUGAACUUGGCAUUUUGCAUCGAUAGUUGCUUCACCUCAUCCGACGAGAGGUCAUGCAAGAAUUUCAGAGAUUCGGUCGAGGAGCUCCUAUACGUCCCAGAGGUCAGAUGGUUCGAGUUCGCGAAGACUGCGUGCAGGACCGCAAAGCGUGCCACCGACAUCGAAGACGAGACUGUGAACCUGUCCGGCGUGGUGCAGCUUUUAACUCUGAAGACCAUGAUGAAGGUACUAUGGCGUGAUCGUGAUCCGGAGCAGACUACAGAUGAGCAGAUCUCCACUCUUGCUCACGAAGUCAACCUUCAGUGGCUUCGUUCCAAAGGAUCCAACGAUGGUGAUGACCCUCAUUGGCACUUGGAGAAGCAGAAAUCACUGAAGAAUGCUGUCAGAGCUGUUUUCCUAGACUGGGACAGGACGGACAGCAAAUCAAACCCUUGCAACUUGAUCCUUCCAGGCUACGAAACCAUGUGGCGCGUUGUUCUACGCUGCUACUUGGAAAUCAAGGCCCGCGACCACAGCUUCUCUGAUAUCUGGACUAGGGUCAUGUGGGACUUUGCAAAGCAGCCAAGAAAGGAUCAACUCCAGAAGUCUGUGGAAGUACGAUGCCGUACAGCCUCAGUUGCCGCUAUCCAUAUUGCACAGGAAGCUCUCCGUCUGUAUCCGCCUACCAGACGCAUCUGUCGCGAGCACCGUAAUGCACGCGGCCAAAAGACCAACGUCUCAGCCGACAUAGAAGCCAUGCAGCGCGAUUCUGCAAUCUGGAAGAAUCAUCCAAACAUAUUCCUGCCCGAGCGCUGGAUUGGGGUCGAGUCUGGAGACGAAAAGGGCUACAUGCCUUUCGGUGCAUCUCCAAUUGGUGUGUGGCACGCUUUAGGUUAG